AUGGAGUCGGCUUCUCGCCUCAGCUUGCUGGUGGUCGCGAUCUUGGUGCUGGCCACGGCGGCCACCGCGCAGCUGUCGUCGACGUUCUACGACACGUCGUGCCCCAAGGCUCUGGCCACAAUCAAGAGCACGGUGACGGCCGCGGUAAACAACGAGGAGCGCAUGGGGGCGUCCCUGCUCAGGCUGCACUUCCACGACUGCUUCGUCGAUGCAAGUCUCGAGACUCUCGCUCUCGCAUGGAUCUUUGAAAAGUUGCAGUCACACGUACUGGGAGGGCCGUCAUGGACUGUUCUUCUAGGAAGAAGGGACUCCACCACUGCAAGCAAGGACAAUGCAGAACGGGACCUGCCGGCUCCAUCCUUCAUCGCCAACCUCACCCAGUCAUUUGCAAACAAGAACCUCAGCGUCACCGACAUGGUUGCUCUCUCGGGUCUGUAG